AUGUCGUCUCCGCCAAUCAUAACCUCCUCUUCCAUCCUACAAGCCCCAUCGCCGCCAAAACCCUGGUCGCAUUACUUCACCAUCGACACUCUCCUCCACGUGCUCAAUCGAACUCUGUUUAGCCCAUUCAUCGCCUGGAUCAUCGUUCUCUGUCUGCGCGCGCAAGUCACACCCACCAAACACCCGGCUUUUAUCAUUUCUGUCGCAUAUGCUAUUGCGCUAACGGCUCUGCUCGUCGUGCGAGUCGUCAACCACCGUGUGGCACAUGGGCUUCCACGUACCGUCGACGCGGCGCGUGAGGUAGUGCUUGUUACCGGCGGUGCUAGCGGACUGGGUCUGUUGAUUGCGCAGAUAUAUGGAAUGAAAGGGGCGAGUGUAGUGGUUUUGGAUAUCAGAGAGCUUGGAUCACGCGAACAGGACGAGGUGUUUGGGGAUAAUAUUCAGUAUUAUCAGUGUGAUGUUGGGGAUCGGAAGGCGCUGGAGAGAGUGAGAACUAGAAUUGACGAGGAGAUUGGGACUCCGACUAUCAUUAUCAAUUGUGCUGCAGCUCGAAUCCAUGGAGAUUCGCUUCUGAAAUUGCCAGCAGAAGCAUUUGAGAAGACGAUGCGAACCAAUACGAUGGCAGCAUUCCAUCUCUAUCAAGUCUUUCUGCCGGAUAUCAUAGCCAAAUCCGAGAAUGGAGGAACCGUUGUCACUAUUAGCUCGGUGCUGGGCCAACUAUCCCCAGCAGGGUUAUCAGACUACUCCGCAAGCAAAGCAGGACUCAGUGCGUUGCACCGAACCCUCGAGGCCGAGAUCCGCCGUGAUGAGCGGAUAAAGAUGCUGUUGGUGGAGGUAGGACAGAUGUCAACACCACUAUUCGAUUGGAUUCGCACACCAAACCACUUCUUUGCCCCCGUGAUGGAUCCGGUGCAGGUUGCAAGGGAAAUCGUUUCUGCAGUUGAUUCCGGACAUGCUGGUGUGAUAAGGCUGCCAACAUUUGCAAAGCUGGUGAAUUGGUAUGCUGUCUUGCCUGAUGCAAUUCAGAAGGUGGCGCGGGAUCUGAGUGGAAUCGAUAAUGCUGUGUUCUCAAGUCACUCUGAACGAGACGUUCCUAGUGAAGGCCGAUAUUCACUUAGGCCGUCGAAGAGAAAUGUCUGA